GGACAGGCGGAGCGGCGCUACCGUGAGCAGUCCGGGCGGUGAUGGCGGCGGCUGUGGUCACCGCUGCAGCGGCGGCCACAGCGCCAGCGGAUGGCGCGGAUGGCGCCUCCUCAGUGCACUGGUUCCGCAAGGGGCUGAGGCUCCACGACAACCCGGCGCUGCUCGCGGCCGUGCGCGGCGCGCGGUGCGUGCGCUGCGUUUACAUCCUCGACCCUUGGUUUGCGGCCUCCUCCUCAGUCGGGAUCAACCGAUGGAGAUUCCUCCUUCAGUCUCUGGAAGAUUUGGACACAAGUUUAAGGAAACUGAACUCCCGCCUGUUUGUGGUCCGGGGACAGCCAGCUGAUGUGUUCCCAAGGCUAUUCAAGGAAUGGGGGGUAACCCGCUUGACCUUUGAGUAUGACUCUGAACCCUUUGGGAAAGAACGGGAUGCAGCCAUCAUGAAGAUGGCGAAGGAGGCGGGUGUGGAGGUGGUGACCGAGAAUUCUCAUACUCUCUAUGACCUAGACAGGAUCAUUGAGCUGAAUGGGCAGAAGCCACCCCUAACCUACAAGCGCUUUCAGGCCAUCAUCAGCCGCAUGGAGUUGCCCAAGAAGCCCGUGGGUUCCAUGACCAGCCAGCAGAUGGAGAGUUGCAGGACUGAGAUACAAGAGAACCAUGAUGACACCUAUGGCGUGCCCUCCCUGGAGGAGCUGGGGUUCCCCACUGAAGGACUUGGCCCAACUGUUUGGCAAGGAGGAGAGACAGAAGCUCUGGCCCGCUUGGAUAAGCACUUGGAACGAAAGGCCUGGGUUGCCAGCUAUGAGAGACCCCGAAUGAACGCCAACUCCCUGCUGGCCAGCCCCACGGGCCUCAGCCCCUACUUGCGUUUCGGUUGUCUCUCCUGCCGCCUCUUCUACUACCGCCUGUGGGACCUAUAUAAAAAGGUGAAGCGGAACAGCACACCCCCCCUCUCUCUGUUUGGGCAACUCCUGUGGCGAGAGUUCUUCUACACGGCAGCCACCAAUAACCCCAGGUUUGACCGCAUGGAGGGGAACCCCAUCUGCAUCCAGAUCCCCUGGGACUGCAACCCAGAGGCCCUGGCCAAGUGGGCUGAGGGCAAGACAGGCUUCCCUUGGAUUGACGCCAUCAUGACCCAGCUGAGGCAGGAGGGCUGGAUCCACCAUCUGGCUCGGCAUGCCGUUGCCUGCUUCCUCACCCGCGGGGACCUCUGGGUCAGCUGGGAGAGCGGGGUCCGGGUAUUUGAUGAGCUGCUCCUGGAUGCAGACUUCAGUGUGAAUGCAGGCAGCUGGAUGUGGCUGUCCUGCAGUGCCUUCUUCCAGCAGUUCUUCCACUGCUACUGCCCCGUGGGCUUCGGCCGCCGCACAGACCCUAGUGGAGACUAUAUCAGGCGAUACCUGCCCAGAUUGAAAGGGUUCCCCUCUCGAUACAUCUAUGAGCCCUGGAAUGCCCCAGAGUCAAUUCAGAAGGCAGCCAAGUGUAUCAUUGGUGUGGACUACCCGCGACCCAUUGUCAACCAUGCCGAGACCAGCAGGCUCAACAUUGAGCGAAUGAAGCAGAUUUAUCAGCAGCUCUCCCGAUACCGGGGACUCUGUCUGCUGGCAUCUGUCCCUUCCUGUGUGGAAGAGCUCAGCAACCCGGUGGCAGAGCCCAGCUCAAGCCAGACUGGGAGCAUGAGCAGUGCAGGCCCAAGACCCAGUGGCCCAGCAUCCCCCAAACGCAAGCUGGAAGCAGCUGAGGACCCACCUGGUGAAGAAUUCAGCAAACGGGCCAGGGUGGUAGAGUUGCCUACCAAGGAGCUACCAAGCAGGGAUGUCUGAGACUGCAGUGCUGUGGCUCCGUGAGCAAAGCCUGGGUGCCUGAGCAGCCACCCUGGCAGCAGAGUGCAACCUGCAGAAAAGCUGAUCACUGACAGAGAUUGAGCGAACAUGUGUGCAUGUGUGUACGCGUGUGCAGAGGAAGGAGUGGUGUGUCUGCGUGUGCAUGUAUUUGUUUACACUCUUGAAAUUCUGAACGCUGCCUGGGUUGGAGCAGUACCUGCAGCAGCUUCACCUGAGCCUCCCGACACCAGGCUUAGAGGUCAUGGCAGUGACUUUCAGCCAAGACUUGUCCCUGCUAGCCAGUCGCCUUCACUGAAUAGAUGAGCAAUGGGACCCUAGCUGGGAUUCUGGCAUCAGCCUUCCCUGCAAACCAAUCCCCUAAGUCCUCCCUCCCUUCCUGCCUCUCUCACAUCAGACUGAGGAGCAGGAAGACAACACUGCUGGCUCUUGUCCAGAGCCUGGGAUUUUAGAAGGAGCGAGAGCCCUGCUAAGGCUGGGCAGGUUGAAUGUAUGGAUGCUGUCCAGACACAGUCACCUGGCCUGGCUCCUUUCUUUUUUUAAAAUGCCCUGUCACUGGGUCCUUCAGACCCUUUCUCAGGCAUCUGGGACUGAUCACAAGGCUGUGAACAGAUCUGGUAGGUCUCUACCACCAUGCAGAGGGACCCAGACACCUAACUGGUGUGCUGUGUGCACAGUACUUAGAUGGUAGCUCAAGAAGUGUAUCUCCCUUUUCAGGGCUGAAAGCCUAAGGUGAGGAUAGAAUCCCAGCUCUCACUCUUCCUUUCCCAGAAGCAGAGAGCCAGGCUCAGCUGACUGGAGAGCCUUAGUUCCUCCACCAGUAGGAGGCCAGGUUCCUGAUGGUGGAGAGCCCCCUGGUUUCUCUGGCCACCCUCCAGGGCACAGUGCUGCCACUGAGGUCAGCUGACACCCAGCCAGGGAAGCCAUUCUAGUCUGUUCUUUAGCUUCCAGGGCUUGCCUAGGGCAUGUCAGCUGCCAUGUCAGCUCUCCCAGUAGCUGGACAUCAAGGACCCACGCAGGUGGACUCAGGUUGGGACUGCCAGGGAUAGUUGGAAAAGGUCCAAGUAGAGAUCCCACUCAACACACCAAUCCUUCUAGAAGCAGCAGGUGGGUGGUUUGAUCCAGAGAAGCCUAGGUCUUGCAUUCUAGGAGUGGCCUGUGCCUCCCACCUCAACCAUCCCACUAUUGAAGGCCUGUAUUGAGAAAGACAUAAUGAAAAGUUGGAAUGUGUGGUCAGCUGGAGCAAGUCUUCCUUUGUGGCCUGCUUUUGAGCCACAAAGAGUGAGAGAAUGUGUGUGUCUGUGUCUGUGUGUGCGUGCACACACACAUAGCUGAGAGGCUAAAUCCUCUGGGUUUUUGUCCUCACAUAUAACAUAAAGUUGCCCUCUGGGCCUUCUCCUUUCUACCUCCCCUGUGACCUUUCCUAGCCUCAUAGCUAUUAAAUCCCUUGGCUUCAAGCCUGUUCCUCACUGUCCUCUGUCCUUAGACCAGAACCCUGGGGUCAGGCCCGUGUCUUUUACAGCUGACAGCACAUUUCCAGGCUUCUUCCUGAGUUGUCCUCAGGUUUUCUCAGCCAGAGAGCUGUCUUUAGAGUCCAACUAUUGUAUGUAUGUCACCUCACUAGAAAUAUCCCAUAAUCAUGUCGGGAAGAACAGGGCACAGGUGAUGUCAUGUAUUCAUUUCACAGCACUGGGUUGGGGGCUUCCCUGUUCCCCUUAGCCCCAGCCAGGAGGAAAGAGAUUCAGGGGUUACUGCCAGAGUGGGGUAGAGGGAGCCUGGAAGGGCUGGUCUGAGAAACUGAGAAGGACAGAGUCAGUAGUCCUGGGCACUUCAAAUACCAUGAUGACUCCUUUUCCUGCCUCUUUGGUAAUGGCCUUCUUCCCUAAAAUAGAAAUUGUCAGAACCACCUCCCUUUACUUCUCCACCAGCCCUGGCAUCUGACUCAUUCCCACUGGAAUGAAGCAGUCCAGCCCCAGAGCUGGAGGAGCUUGGGGAGGAGAAGGUGUGUGCAGUGGCCUGGAGCUCCACGAUGGCUUUGUGCUGCCCUUCUCCUGGCCCAGGUAUCCCUCGGAGCUGCCGCAGAGCAUUGCCCCAAAUCCUGAUGCAUGGGCCAGCAUGGGGAAGAGAUGGUCGCAGGCAAAAUGUACUUUAUACAGAGAUUUUCUAUUGCUGGGAAGGUGUGUUUCUCCCACAGAUUGUGAAUAUUCACUUGUUUCAUAAAUGUCUGAUCCUGUCUGAGCAAA